AUGGGGAACGACGCGUCUCUUUCUUCGCGGCUUCCCCUCCUCUGGCAAGGCCACUGUGGGGAGCCCGCCCCCUUGUCACUUUCAGGCAGCGAGUUCCUGCUAAAGGCGCUUCUGCAGACUUCGGAAGUGCGGAAGCCCCGAGAAGAGAGCCUGUCAAUCUCACGCCCUAGCUUUUGACAACAGAAGGAAACUUUAGGACAGGAAAGGAAAAACGGGGCGCAUUUAAGUCCCCUCCCCGCUCUGUUUUUAUUUAUUUAUUAAACGGUGCUUUACGAUCGUUUCCUUGGAGCAAACUAGGUACCCCCCUUUCUGGAGGUUUAGUGAGGGACUUGGCGAGGGUCGGGCAAAGGAAAUGAUGUGGUUCUUGCGCGGGUGGGGGGGGGGAGGUGUUUGUGUCACCAUUCGCAAGAUCCUAUGGAUAAGCCCUCCUUCCUUCCUUCCUGAUCUAAGGGAGCGAGAGUAUGUGCGCGUGUCAGUCACAUUUUUUUUAACGAGAUCUUCUGGAUAAACUGAGAAUCUAAGCUCGCCACGGCGCACCACGCCCGUCCCUCUCCAAACCAUUGUUGUCAUUUAGUGAAGGAAGCCAACAGCUGGAGGAGAGAUUUCCUGCCUCCCCUCGCCCCCCCCGCCACAAAACGUAUCAGGGAGAAAAGGAAUAAAAACGCAGGCGAGGGGCUGGUCCAAAGACCUUGGCAGGGGGAUCCCCCGACCCACCCACCCACGCAGGCCUACGAGGGGCAGGCAGCUGUCAUCAGGAGGACCCACCCCCCCCUCGCCCCAAGACUAGAGGGUUUUCUCAGGCUCUUUUUCUGGAUGAGGACGCCUGGCGCUGGACUAAGCAGCUCGCCAGAGCCUUUGAGUUUCUGGAGAAAGCAUCAGGGGACGGGGAAAAGGAAAGAGAAAAGGCAGCGCGUGUGUGCGCGCUGGUGUGUCACGUCACGGCCGCCUGGCACCCUCCCUCUCUCCCUCCCUCCCUCCCUCCUUCUCAGACACCGCAUAAAGAGCUGGCUGGCGUGUGCCGGAGGGGCACCGAGGGCCCACGUGACCGCCCCUCCCAGUCGGCAUCCCCGGGGAUCGGCACUUUGUUCAGGAUGCUGCCGCUCGCCGCCCCCAUUGUGGACUGAAGAUCUUGAGCAUCGCCGACGCGGAGGGGGCUGGGCGAGAAAGGCCGGCUGGCUGCUGGAGGGGCGGGGGCACCCUUCGCCGUCCCGACGGGGCGCUCGCUGGACUAAAAGGGGGACAGGGAAACGGGGGGGGGGGAGGCGCCGGAGGGGGGUGCUGGGUGAGGACUGGCGGCGGAUCGUCUCCCCAAGGCAAAGGAGGGAGCCGAGGCGAUGGGCGAAGCGCAGACCGACUAGUAGGGUAAGUGGCUGACUUGGACGCGUGCGCCCAGCCCCGCGUGGAUGCUUGUUUUGGGUGGGUGGGUGUCUGCGCGUGUGGUCCUCCAGGGGGCACAUGCCGGGUUGGGGGUGGCCCCGCGAGGGAACCCCUCUGCUGCUGUGUCCCUCGAAGGGCCAGCAGGAUGCUCUCCAGCCGAGGCAUCCAGCCCAGCCCACGGCAGCUCCGCGGAGAGCCUGGCAAGGAGGGGCUGCGCCGGAUCCUGGUACAUUCUGUUCGGCGGCGCUUGCCAAGCGGACGGAGGUCCAGGCGGGCUGCUUGGCGGGGCUGCUGCGUCCCAGCUGCGCCUCCGAGGGCAGCGUGUCUGCUCCGCGAGACGGUGACUCAGCCUAAGGUCAGCGAUGGGUGGGAAUUGGGCUGGGAGGGCGGCCCCCUUGCUCUGUCCCGUCCAGGCUGGCAGAACUUGAGAGCACGAGGACGAGCCCGGCUAACUUCUGGAAGAUUAGGAGACUUGCAAACUCAGGCUGAGCGGUGGCUGGUGCCUCGGCUGGAGAGCAUCCAGGGGCUGGAGGGAGGGAGGGAGACUAACUAACAGCGGAGCUGGAGCCAAUGACAGGUCGAGCCAACUAAUCCUCGCUUUGUCCUACCCCCUGCUGAGUCCGACAAGGGGACGGAGACCGAGGAGGAGGAGGAGGAAGCAGCAGCUGACAGGCUGGCAACCCCCGGACAGCCUGCAGGUUAGAAGACGGGCAAGCGAGGGAUAGCUAAUGGAGCAGUACAACAGCCGCCCAGAUCACUGCUGAGCAUGCAAUCCUAAAAUAUACGCAAGCUGCUGUCAUAGCAUCAUAGAACUGUAGAGCUGGAAGGACCCCAAGGGUCCUUUAACCCAACGCCCUGCAAUGCAGGAAUCACAGCGAACCCCGCUGACGUGGGCACAAGCCCCACUGAAUUCAGGAGGACUUCCUCCUGAGUAGGCUUCGUUAGGCUGGCCGCCUUAUUAUGAUCAGACGCAGACAAGCUGCCUGUAUGGGCUGCCCCCCCCAAACUCUGAGUGCUUUCCAUCACCUGCGAAUCCUCCUUGCCUCCGCCCCUUCUCUCCUGUGUGUAUUUGACACUUUCCCCAAUUCUGGCUACCCAGUUGUGUCACUCAACAAUUUUAUUUUGGGCUUGGGCUGCCACACAGGAAAAGCCACGUGGAUGUGCAGGAGGGGAGGCUGAGCAGAGAGAAGCCCCCUGGUUCAGCAUGGGAGACAUACUUCUGCUUCUGUCUUUGAUGAUUCCCCACCCACCUCUCAUGCCAAGGGGGUGUGUGUGCCGGGAUUUACUAACUUGGGGUAAAUCAAGACAGGAUAGGAUUUUACCAGUUAUAGCUGCUUUUCCGGCAAAGGUAACUUGGGACAUCACAUUAGAGCAAGUGGCACCAAGAUGCUCAAGGUGGAGUACAUAAUUUUCCCCUUCCCAAUUUUAUCUUCACAACACCCCUGUGAGGUUGGUUGGGUUGGAAGAUGGCGACUGGCCACAGGUCACCCCAAUCAGCUUCCUAGCUGAGCUGUGGAUUUGAACCCUAGUCUCUUGGUCCAAGUUGGCAUCUAGUCACUCCACUCUACUCCAUACACUGCACCACAUUGGCUCUGCUGCAGCUCUGUACAUAAAGUUUUUAGAUCCAAGGACAGGAAAGUCCAAUAUGUCUGCAGUGAAUGCAUGUGUUGGAAAGAUGAACUCAUAGCCAGGGAUCUGAGACUGACUGUACAGAUUGUCACGUAUUGUGAGCUGUGCUAUUAAGAAAGUUCCUCUUCCCGCAGCACAUAGUUAAACUACUGGCUCUUGUAAGAGGCAGUGAUGUGCACCAACUUGGUGAAAGGGGAUUAGAGAAACACGUGGAGGAUAUGUGACCACUAGCCACAAUGAUCUCCGUCUACUGUUGGAGGCAGGCUCUCACAUUAUUAUGGCAUUUAGUCUCCUGCAAUGUGAACAGCAGGAUCAUGUAGUUCUGCCCCACAAGGAGGUUUCAGACUUCGCCCCACCUCACUUUGUGCAGAAAUCCCUGCUGUUUUCACAAUGCAUGCACAACAAAGAUCUGUCGCUGUUUAUUUGUAGCAUCCAAAACCCCUCCAGACAAUGAGUCUCGUGUGCCAGUGUGGCAUCCCCAGUCCUAAACACAGAAUGAGCUCAGUUUACAGCCUCCCUUUUUCAUCAUCAGCUCUACAGGCCAAGAGGAUAUGAGCUUAAAGCUGGCUUGGCUGAUGCUCUCUCUCUGUGUGUGUAUUGUCAGAGGCUCCUGAGCAUGACACAGGGGAGAAGUCAUUUCUGGUAAUAGUCUACCAGGAAAUAGGCCAAAUGGUCAUUGGGCUGGGCUGUGGGCGCUAAAGGGGAGGAAGGAGAGUCUGUGUAAUCAUCAAACGGUAUUCCAAUUCCUGAGGAAGCUGAUAAAUCAUAAGGAACAAGCAUGGCUAACAAUGAACGCGGCUCAUUCUUCCUUUGGAAAUCAGGCUCCCUGUGUUUUGUUUCGGUUUUGUUAUGGUAUGUGCGUGUGCGUGUUUUACUGCUAGUUUGCUCUGAGCUGGGUUAAGCGGCUUUAGCAAAAAAAUGUGGGCUUUGUUGCUGUUGUUACAUACAUAACAGAUACACACCAUGCCUCUGAUAACAGGCUGCUGUACAGACACACUAAGCAAGAGGCAGUCUGGUCUUCAGAAAAUUCAAGGAUCCGCAUCUAG